CUUUUUUUUUUUCUCCUCCUUCCCUUUAAUAAUCUGUUAAUUGAUUUUUCCCAUCAUCAAAAAUCACCCGAGAAAAUUCGAAAGCCAAAUCUUUUGCAUCUCCACUCUUGUAGGCAAACGAUAUCUUCUGCUCCAAAUCCACUGGGAUCAGAACAUAGUUGGAACUCUCUCUCUGCACUUUGCUCAAUCCACGGAGCAAAAAUGGAUACGAAUCUGGUGGAAAUGUUUAGGGCCGGUUUGAACUGGGUGACAAUGGCUCUGGAUGCUCCUUCAGCUAGAGUUGUCUUGUUCGGUGUCCGAAUCCAAUGGCACAUCUUUGUGGAAGUUUUGUUGGGUUUUGUCAUUGUCAUCCUCCUCUCUCAAAAGAGUUACAAACCUCCCAAGAGACCGUUAACUGAGCAGGAAAUAGAUGAGCUGUGUGAUGAAUGGGUUCCUGAGCCUCUUAUACCUCCAAUUACAGAAGACAUGAUGCAUGAGCCACCAGUUCUUGAAAGUGCUGCUGGACCGCAUACAACGGUUAAUGGAAAAGACGUGGUGAAUUUUGCGUCUGCUAAUUAUCUUGGACUCAUUGGGCACGAGAAGUUGCUGGAAUCAUGCACUUCUGCGUUGGAGAAAUAUGGAGUUGGUUCUUGUGGUCCUCGUGGAUUCUAUGGUACUAUUGAUGUUCAUCUUGAUUGCGAAACCAGAAUAUCGAAAUUUUUGAGUACUCCUGAUACAAUCCUCUACUCUUAUGGACUUUCCACGAUGUUCAGCACCAUUCCUUGUUUCUGUAAAAAAGGCGAUAUCAUUGUUGCCGACGAGGGUGUUCACUGGGGGAUACAAAAUGGACUCCAGCUUUCAAGAAGUACAAUCGUGUACUUCAAGCACAACGACAUGGACUCUCUCCGUACUACUCUCGAGAAAAUCAUGACAAAGAACAAGCGCUCAAAGAACUUGAGGCGUUACAUUGUAGCUGAAGCUGUAUAUCAGAACUCUGGUCAAAUCGCACCGCUCGAUGAGAUAGUGAAACUGAAAGAGAAGUAUAAAUUUCGUGUUAUAUUGGACGAAAGCAACUCUUUCGGCGUGCUUGGCCGUUCCGGGAGAGGUCUUGCAGAGCAUCACGGUGUCCCUAUUGAGAAGAUAGAUGUUGUGACUGCUGCAAUGGGCCACGCACUAGCCACAGAGGGUGGAUUCUGCACCGGGAACGCCCGCAUCAUCGAUUACCAGAGACUCAGCAGUUCAGGAUAUGUGUUCUCUGCCUCUUUGCCACCGUACCUUGCGAGCGCUGCUAUCACCGCCAUCGAUGUCAUUGAUCAAAACCCUGAGUUGUUAGUCAAGAUGAAGCAGAACAUUGCUCUGUUAUGGAAAGGUUUGGAAGACAUCAAGGGGAUGUCGCUAGCAAGCGACCCUGAGUCGCCUAUCGUUUUCUUGAAGUUAGAGAAAUCGAGUGGUUCGACUAAAGAGGACUUGCUUCUACUCGAGAAAAUGGCUGAUCGUGCGCUGAAGGAAGACUCGUUGUUGGUUGUGAGCUCUAAGAAGUCGUUUCUUGAUAAGUGCCGGUUGCCUGUGGGGAUCAAACUCUUGGUCUCAGCGGGACAUUCAGAGUCUGAUCUUGUUAAAGUAUCCGAGUCGCUGAAGAGACUCGCUUCAGAGCUUCUACUCUAAGUCCUGAAACACCAAAACUCAUCCAGAGAGAGAGAAGAGAUGUUUUUUUCUCCAAGAACAGCAGAGUUCAACACUUGCAUUUGAGAUUAUAGACAAGACAAAUUCGCAGACUCAAAAGCUUGUAGAUGUUUAUAGGCUGAAGAAGAAGAGUUCUUGAAGAACAAUGGCUUCUUGUUCUUUACAUUUUUUUAUGAAAAAUUUCCAAAUGUUUUUGUUUAUCAUUUGAGCUUUUUUUAAGAUUUGAGUAUCAGAGGCUAUGUCUCAAUCAA